AUGACAUUUUCAACAUCCGAGUCUGAAAUGCAACAGGCAACUACGCCCGCCACUGCUGUUGGUAAGACGCUAAACAAAGCUGAGAAAAAAACCUCAGCAAGGUCAAAACAUGUCAAACCCAGCCAUCCCCCAACUUCCGAUAUGGUCGAUUAUGAAAGACUUGCACCGUUCAUAAGAAAAUAUCUUAAGACCGCUGUACAGUCCGGUUCCUUGAUUCAGACCAAAGGAAAAGGAGCGUCUGGUUCUUUCAAAUUGGCCGCUGGCGGUUCUACAACAAACGCGUCGAAGAAAGUUGCGAAAAAAUUGGUCAAGUCGGCCGAUGGAGCAAAUAAGAAUGCAUCACCUACAAUGGCAGCCGACAAGAAGAACACAUCACCUGCCAGGUCUACAUCUACAGUGAGUAGGUCGAAAAAGAGAGCGGCAAUUGCGAAAGAAAAGAAGUCAAAAUUAACGAAAUCUCCCUCGAAAGCUAAGAAGGCAAACAAAUCGCCGACGAAGAAGCCCAAAGCACCGAAACCAAAAACGGUCAAAUCAGUAACGGCUCCGAAGAAAGUAACGUCUCCCAAAAAGAAAAAAAGAAACACCGCUGUACAGUCCGGUUCCUUGAUUCAGACCAAAGGAAAAGGAGCGUCUGGUUCUUUCAAAUUGGCCGCUGGCGGUUCUACAACAAACGCGUCGAAGAAAGUUGCGAAAAAAUUGGUCAAGUCGGCCGAUGGAGCAAAUAAGAAUGCAUCACCUACAAUGGCAGCCGACAAGAAGAACACAUCACCUGCCAGGUCUACAUCUACAGUGAGUAGGUCGAAAAAGAGAGCGGCAAUUGCGAAAGAAAAGAAGUCAAAAUUAACGAAAUCUCCCUCGAUAGCUAAGAAGGCAAACAAAUCGCCGACGAAGAAGCCCAAAGCACCGAAACCAAAAACGGUCAAAUCAGUAACGGCUCCGAAGAAAGUAACGUCUCCCAAAAAGAAAAAGUGA